CCUCAUCAUCCUCAUCAUCCUCAUCAUCCUCAUCAUCAACUACUUGUAUUAUUACGAUUCAUUCAUCUCUAUAAAUUGAAUCUAAGAGCUACAUCCUGCCAAGAGCUAACUAGGUAUUCUUAACUAAAACCUCUGAAUCCUUCCCAUACAUUUCAACAUUAUCAAACACAUCAACGAUUUACCUCAUUAAUAUCACAAUACCACGACACCACGACACCCCACCAUCUUUGAUUCUCUUCGCCUUAUAGCCACCAUCUAAUAAGACUGCCUCGCCAACAUCGCGAUUUACCACUACAAUUUCUAUGUUACACCGUAAAUUUCUUUCCACUAGAAGCUUUUUAUCCUUUCUCUCUUGAUCAUCAUCUUAUCUUGUUCUUCCAAAUGGCGACAGAGACUUCAGAUCAAUCAGGAAGCAGUGAUAUCAGCAUUUACAAGGAUCUUGCAUCAUAUCCAUGGGAUACCGAUAAAGAGUUCCAGGGUGGUCUAUCAGCUAUAUUAGGCAAUGCAUCUUUACCUGAACAAAUUCGAGAACUGACGCUUCGGGCUCAGUGUUUCUAUUUCUCUCGCAAGAAGAAGAUUGACAUCAAUUUUGAUGGAUAUAAGGCAUAUCUGGCGACUCAUCCAUCCACAUCUUCUUCUACUGAUGCCCCUGCGCCUGAUAGCGCCAGUUCAGUGAAUGAUACUUCAUCUUUCACCACUCCAAAUUUCGACCAUGAGAAUGACCUACCACCUGCUACCACUACAGCUGAUGAAAAGGCCCCGCCACCAUAUCCUCCAUCUUUUGCUGAAAUCGUCGCUUUAAUCACAGCUGGUGCCACAAUCCCGGGAAUCCGUGAUAUCCCCGAUACGGUUCUGACGGAUCAGGGUACCAAGCCAGUUGCACGAAAGCGUCGGAAGCCAUGGGAGAAAGACGUUGACGAGGAAACAAUUCAGGGUGGGGGAACUUUUGGCGACCAUCGAGAUACCAUUAUCCAGCAAGAAUAUCCAACUGAUGUAUAAGAAUAUCUAUUUGCAGUGGGGUCACGUCUUCUCACAAAUUCUUGCCAUUUUCAAAUAUUAUGAGAACAGCAAUUUCCAAGGACCGAUUACUUUGUGAAAGCAGCCAGGCAUUGAUUGAGCCUCUUCAAUUGUUACCUUCCUUCUCGUUUAUAUGACAAAAGACCGUGGACAUCAGGUGGCUUCAUCAAGCCAGAAGCCCGCAAACUAAAACUUUGUCAUGUUGCUCAAAUGAAAGCUAUUGUAGUUUUGAUCUGUUCUAUGGAUUUCUUUGAUGCACGCGGGGUUGUUCUAAAAUCGCUGCUCACGUUACUUUCCGAGCUUGAAAGAAUUGCCAGAUCUCUUCAAGGCAACCCCUUUCUGCGUUCUAGUGAACCCUAUGUUGCCAGUCGAAGAGUGCGGUAUGUUUAAUAGCCCCAAAACUUCGCGCAAUCAUUGUAUUGGGCAGGACUGUAUGGGAAUCUAAAGAUUCAUAAUAAGCCAGGAUCAGAAUACACCGUUGUGUCGGAAUUCAUUUAAUAGCUUUCUGGGGCUGAACAAACGAUUUUGGACGAAUCUUCAUCCUUCAAUUUACAAUCGAAUUAUUUUAAAAUAGCACCUAGAAUUAAUCUUUCAAUUAUGACAAACCGUCUUCUCUCCCCAGGUUAUAUCUUUUGAAUUAAUAUUUGAGAGCUAUCUGAUGAAAUUUAUGGUUAGAAGGU